UACCAUCAUCAAAACUACACCUACCAGUAACACUAUUAAUGCUGCUAUUCCAUGAGCAACCAUGCAACAAACCGAACCCCCUGAAUCACCUUGGCCCCUCCAAACCCACCUCAAUACCCUCCACAACCUCCCACUACAAGCAACGAUUGAAGCCAUCCACUCCCUCCUCCCCCAUCUAACCCCUUCCAUCUCUCCAACCGGCACCCGCCUCGUCAGUUACACGCCUAGCAACAGCAAAGCCUCAACAGACAAACUAAAUACCUUAACCGGCUAUGGAACACUCGACACCCUCGGCCGGGUCUACCUGAAAUGCGCAGACAGAUGCACGCGCGAACACGCCCCAUUCAAAACCCGCCUUUUGCACACGGAUCUUGACAAUGUAAUGGUGGAAAUCUAUAGCGCCAGCCAGGAUCUCCUCACGGAGGGGGUGAAAGAAGGGACUAUAAAGAUCCCACCGCCCGGCGAAGACGAGAUACAAAUGUGUCCUUGUUGUCGCGGGGAUCCCGAUGCCACUAUUCUGAUGAGGCUUCAUGAAGGGAUUGCGCUGUACUUCUGGGAAGAUGAGUACAGGGAACUUUUUGGAGAUGAGAAAGAGUUUGCAGGGAAAUAUAGUAGCGAGGAGACUUUUCUGAUGGCGUCUAGGGAGCAGGUGGAGAGGAAGGCUAGGGAGGUCGAGGAGGGGUUAAGUAGACUUUGAUUGAGACUAAAAGCGGAAAAGGGGGCAGCCCGAUAUCUAGGGUGGGAGGAUGUCGUUUAGAGGGCUCAGUGAGGUGUCGAAUCCGAUGUUCAUGAUCACACCCAGACCUUCGCCGUGGAGGAUGUUUGCGUAGCCCUGGGGAUCCUGGGCUUAUUAGUAUUGGCGGAUGAUAGAUGCGGGGUGGUUUGGUUGAGUACCCAUCCUGAUUCAUUGUAUAUUGAAUCCAAGCGCUCGUCACCUUCUAGAGCUUCAACGUCGUUGUCAAUGGGUAGAGUGGAGUUUGCCUCAAAGAGGUGUAAGGCUGUGAUGUCUUGUCUUUGCGUUCUCGAUGG